CAGUGCAAGCUGGAGUGAAGAGAGAAGCAGCAUGGCAGAGCUUUGUGUCGGCUCUGUUCUGGUGACUGGGGCCAGCCGGGGACUUGGCCUGGGGUUUGUCCAGCAUUUCCUGAAGAUGCCAAACCCACCCCAGUGGAUCUUUGCAACCUGUCGGGACCCCAAUGGACAGCGAGCACAGGAUCUACAGAAUUUGGCCUCCAAACAUCCCAACCUGGUCAUCAUUGCUCUCGAAGUUGACAACCCCGCCAGCAUCAAGGCAGCUGCAGCCAAGGUUGGGGAGCACCUGGGGGGCUCUGGGCUCAACCUCCUCAUCAACAGUGCUGGAAUGGUCAAGCCUAAGAUGCUUGAGGCUGAAACAUUGGAGGACAUGACCGAGACGUACACCACCAACACAGUUGGACCCCUGCUGAUGGGCCAGGCAUUUCUGCCCUUGCUGAAGAAGGCUGCCCAGGGGAGCCCAGGCUCAGGGCUGAGCUGCAGCAAGGCUGCCAUUGUCAACAUGUCCAGCAUUGGCGGCUCCAUCGCUUCUUCCUUUGGUUGGGAGUUGAUGCAAGUCACCUCGUACCGCUGCAGCAAGGCUGCUCUGAACAUGCUGAGCAAGUGCCAGUCCCUGGCGUACAAGGAGCACGGCAUCCUCUGCGUCGCUCUCCACCCCGGCUGGGUGCAAACUGACUUGGGCAGCUCUGCCGGACACGUGCCGCCUGUGACAGUGGAUGACAGCGUGCAAGGGAUGCUGAAGGUCCUCUCCUCCCUCUCUGAGAAGGACACCGGUGCCUUCCUGGACUGGGAAGGGAACACCAUCCCCUGGUGAGACACCACUUCAGGAUCCUGGCAGCCAAGAGGUCCUUUGGCACUGCUCCCACCUCCCCCACAUCCUCAAUAAACUCCUGCUGAGA